AUGUCUGAUAGCAUACUUCGUAAUGGCGAUGCAAACAAUGCGCUUUUUGAUAAUGAAGAAACAUAUCUCGAUCCCAACGCAGAGAACGACAUUGACAAGACCUUACCGUUGAUUGACAAAAGCGAUAGACUGGAUAGUGGAGAUAAAAUGUUUUACCAAGAGAGCGGCACAGUUGAAGAAGAGCACUAUACCUGGAAACGUGCUGAUAAAAAUCAACAAUCAAAUCAAAGUCCUCACGGCGUCGAAGAAGCUGACAACAAUAGUGAAUUUAGCAGCCAAAUGGACGAGAGAAUUGCUCGGAUUCUACCCACUGGGAUUGAUGAUCUUCCGUUAUUUGCAGACGAAAAGAAUCGCGAAUUGCAUGCGCAAAUUCGUAUCAAAGAAGCACGAUAUGAUACUGUUAAGCGAGAGUUCACUGAAACUUCUUCUCGCGUCGAAAUCUUGACGGAGCAUUUGAAAAAUGUCAAGCAAGAACUUUUGCAUACUCAAGCAUUGCACAAUGCUAAAGUUCAAGAAGUUGCGAGUGAGGAUCACAUGCAGCAGUUAGCAAAACGUGAAAUAGACAGAAUGGCUCAAGAAGUUAAAGGAUUUGAUGCAGAGGCCGCUGAGCUAGAGCGCAAACUUGUAAGCUUACAAGGUUCGCUAUUCAAAGGCAACGAAGCCAUGGAUGCGUUUAAAUUGCAGAUGAACUGGAAACAGGACGAGAUGGAACAGUGGUCCGUAGCAGCGCGUCAAAAGGAAGAAGAUGCGAUAGCGCUAGAGCGUUUCAGACGCGCUGAUGAGGCUCGCAUCAAGGAAUUAACGAUGGUUUUGGAAAAGCUCACGCAGCAAGCAGCUCGCGCCAAGCGUGAUGUGGACGAUGAAGCAACCGAAUUGCAAGCAAAACAAAUCGAAUUAGACAAGACAGCAGAAGAGUUUCGUUCUCUUCAUGCAGAACGUGCUAAGCUCGUGGCACAGUGGCAAUCUACUCUUGAGGCAAUGCGAGCCCGUGAUGAAGAGAUUACGCAGGCAAGUGAGCAGUUUGCGCUUGCACAGCAAGGUUUUAAUAGCCAGCAAGAAGUGCUUGGCGAGCAGAAACGCCGAUUGAAGCAACAAGAGGCGGCCAAUACCGAAGCUGAGGUACAGUUGGCAGGCAAAGAACGUGCGCAAGGCAAGGCUCAGCAAGAACUGCAGCUGACUGGAACUCGUCUCCAGGCGUUUCGCGAUCAGGUAGCAAUACUGAAGGGUGAGCUCUCGAGUACUGUGGCUGCGCUAAAUCAGCAACGCUCGACGAAUUUGAACCGUGAUGAUCGGCUCGAGACGAUGAAGCAAGAGCUCGAGGCAGCGAGAGCACGAUUUAAAGGUACACGGCAAGCUCUGGGUCGUUGCCGUGACUCAACUAUGGACGCUGAAGCUCUUGCAAAGCAGGCUAAGAUUGACUUGGCUAAUUCAGAGAGUGAAGUCAAACGAUUAGACAAGGAAAUUACCUCACAAAAGGAGCGAAUGUUUCGAAAGAGUCAGCAAUUGUUUGCGUUAAGGCAACAGGAAGCGAAUCUAUCAGCGGAAUUAUCAGGUGCCAAAUCCGCAGCGCAAAACCUACGAGCGAAGCUGCGAGCACUUGAUGCACAGGCCUUGCGUCAACAAGAGCUCGUGUAUAAUGGUGAGUUCCAGAUCCAGCAAAUGGAGCGCAAAGUUUCUCGAGCAAGUGGAGAGCGCAGUGCAGAUGAGACAAAGGCGUUGCAAGCUCAGGUUCAGGUAUUGCAGACUGAGCUUGACCGUGUCAAAGCCGAACAAGUCAUGCUUGCGACACAGUGUAAGAAACUCGAAGAAGAGCGACGCGCUCAAGAGCGAUCUCGAAAAGCAUUGCUAGCGCAACAAGAAGAAAUGAAUGCUCAGAUUGCCGAAAAUAAAUUGCGUAACGAAAGCUGUGCUCGUGCACUCAAAGUAGCUUUAAAAGAGAAGGAAGAGCUGACUAUUCAACACGAUUUACAAGCACUUGAGGUGCGUCGUCUUCGUAAUCUACUUCACGCCCGUGCUGAUGAAGUUUUAUCACUUGAAAACCGUGAUUUUCAAUUAAAAAAAAGUAUGGAAGAACGCAAGCGUGAGAUUGCUACACACCACGAGCUGCAGCGAGCUGCAAACAAAACGACUGAAGACGAACGGCAUCGUGUGUCCGUAGAGCUUGCUGAGAGAGAGUGUCGAGUGCGCAAAUUACAGGCCAAGUUUGAGACGCUUUGCAGAAAAGGAGUAUGCGCUGGCGACGAGACAGAUGAGGUUGGCAAGGAGAGAAGUCAAGCUUAUUUUGUGAUUCGAGCAGCCCAGCGUCGCGAGGAGCUUCAGCGUGAGGGUGACGAACUUGAUGACAAGAUUCGCGUAGCUGAAAGAGAUGUUCGGGCGCUCAAAACGACCCUGACUCAUUUAGAAGAACGCAACUCGGCUUAUCGUAAAAGUUUUCAUCGAGCUGAUCUCGUUGGUGAUGAUGCACAACGUCUUGCUACGCUGGAGGCACAGACGAAGAUGGCAAAAGAUGCGUAUUUCAAAAAGAAGAAAGAAUUAACAAGAAUUGAGCUUGAGAAUACGAGCGAGAGUCAAAGCCUUCAUGAAGUGGAGACAAGACGUGAAUUUGCUCAAUCCAAUGUCACUCAACUCGAUGGUGCGUUAACACAAGUUGAACGCGAGGUCGAGACAGAGCGAAAUAAGUGGGAAAAGGUUGUUAAGAAACUUGAGCGUCAGAUGCGAGAGCAUCAAAAGUCUGUCAGAGUGUCAGAUGACAGUAUUGGUUUUCGUACGAAGGAGCAAGUGAUGCUCGAGGCAUUAGAGCUUAGAGAAAUUAGUGCGAGCUUGCUGUUCACAAUGGGUCAGCUCGCACGCGAGUUUCCUGAGAUCGGAGAUUCUUUGCAGAUAGCUGUUCGAGAUGCAGGGAUGCACAUCCCGACAGUUCCGCCCAGUCGAAAUGCUUCAUCAAGAGCAAAUAGCGUGGGUUUGCCUCGCCCGAUGUCAGCACGCAGUGACAAAAGCGAUCAGUCUGUGCGCAGCAAUAACUCAUAUAAAAGCAGCAGUAGCAAUGGCUCUGGAGUCCGUGUUGCAGCCCCAAUUAACAAGGUCCAUCUUGGGUUUUAA